AUGCUAUCGCAUCCCUAUAACUCAUCGCUUUCACCAAGCCAUCAUAUAUCUGGAGCUCGUGGUUUUAACGUUCGAACAAGUAUUCAGCGUACUUCUUCUGUAUCGAGUCUUUUGUUCACACGUCGUCCCUCUGCAAGUUCCUUGGCGGUGCCGUCUAAUCAAUUAUCUCCUUUGUACCAACACCUUUAUCAAGGACACGACCCUCGGUAUUCUUUUGCUUCUACCACAGAUCUGGAUCAUUGUUUCGGGGGAAGUGGGGGCGGUUGUAGUAAGAAUAUUAGAGCAUCGAGGGACGGUCCGCGCGACGUUUGUCAGGAUCUUUAUGACUUUCUUCAAGGUGCUGAUUUAGAGGAAUAUUACGCCGUCUUUAGUAAACAUCUUAAAACGGGUGUCUUCUCCCUUCUCUCUACCCCCUUGGCUGACCUCGGGGUCUAUGUUUGA